UUCGGCGAGGACCCUUCGGGGAGGCGCCAUUUUAGACUUGCUGAGAGGACUCUGUCCGUUACGGCCGACUUGAAGUACGCUGUUUUUUCGUUCCCGUCCCUCUGUCGAGUCUUUCCGAGGCCAUGAGCGUGGUGGACCAUGUGCGGGAGAUGGCGGCGGCGGGGCUGCACUCCAACGUGAGGCUCCUGAGCGGCCUCCUCCUUACGAUGAGCGGCAACAACCCUGAGUUGUUUUCCCCGUCACAGAAGUAUCAGCUGCUUGUGUACCAUGCCGAUUCCCUUUUCCAUGACAAGGAGUACCGAAAUGCCGUUAGUAAGUACACGAUGGCCUUGCAGCAGAAGAAAGCCUUGAGUAAAACAUCCAAAGUCAGGCCUUCGACCGGGAAUGGGGCAUCUACUCCUCAAAACCAGUGCCUGCCUUCUGAAAUCGAAGUGAAGUACAAAAUGGCAGAGUGCUACACAAUGUUAAAGCAAGACAAAGAUGCCAUUGCCAUCCUUGACGGGAUCCCUUCCAGACAGAGAACUCCAAAGAUUAACAUGAUGCUGGCGAACCUGUAUAAAAAGGCGGGCCAGGAACGCUCCUCUGUGACAAGUUACAAAGAAGUUCUGAGACAGUGCCCACUUGCUCUUGAUGCCAUCCUAGGUUUGUUGUCGCUAUCAGUGAAAGGUGCAGAAGUUGCCUCCAUGACGAUGAAUGUGAUUCAGAGUAUCCCAAACUUGGAUUGGCUUUCAGUGUGGAUCAAAGCGUAUGCGUUUGUGCACACAGGGGAUAACACCAGAGCCAUUAACACCAUCUGCUCACUGGAGAAAAAGUCACUCCUGAGGGAUAACGUGGAUAUACUGGGAAGCUUAGCAGAUCUGUAUUUCAGAGCUGGUGACAAUAAGAAUGCCAUUCUAAAAUUUGAGCAAGCACAAAUGUUGGAUCCGUAUUUAAUAAAAGGAAUGGACGUGUAUGGGUACUUGUUAGCUCGUGAAGGACGCUUGGAGGAUGUGGAGAAUCUAGGCUGUCGGCUCUUCAAUAUUUCCGACCAGCACGCAGAGCCUUGGGUGGUAUCGGGGUGUCAUAGUUUCUACAGCAAGCGCUAUUCCCGGGCCUUAUAUUUAGGAGCCAAAGCAAUUCAGCUGAAUAGCAACAGUGUCCAAGCUUUGCUGCUGAAAGGGGCAGCUCUUCGAAAUAUGGGCAGAGUGCAGGAAGCCAUCAUCCACUUCCGCGAAGCCAUACGGCUCGCUCCUUGCAGGCUGGACUGCUACGAAGGCCUCAUUGAGUGCUACUUGGCAUCAAAUGGUCUCCGUGAAGCCACAGUUAUGGCGAAUAAUGUCUACAAAACCCUGGGAGCCAAUGCACAGACGCUGACUCUUUUGGCCACCGUUUGCCUAGAAGAUCCUGUGGCACAGGAGAAAGCAAAAACUUUACUGGACAAAGCGUUGACACAGCGCCCCGAUUACAUCAAAGCAGUGGUCAAAAAGGCAGAGCUUCUCAGCCGGGAACAGAAGUAUGACGAUGGGAUUGCUUUGCUGAGGAAUGCUCUGGCCAACCAGAGUGACUGCAUUCUGCAUCGAAUGUUAGGGGACUUCCUCGUAGCUGUAAAUGAGUAUCAGGAAGCCAUGGACCAGUACAGUAUUGCUCUAAGUUUGGAUCCAAAUGAUCAGAAGUCACUGGAGGGAAUGCAGAAGAUGGAGAAAGAGGAAAGCCCUACAGAUGCUACUCAGGAAGAAGAUGUGGAUGACAUGGAAGGCAGUGGAGAGGAAGGUGAUCUGGAAGGUAGUGACAGUGAGGCAGCCCAGUGGGCGGAUCAGGAACAGUGGUUUGGCAUGCAGUGAGGUGGCCUUGAAGGUGCCCGGGAAUCAUCUCACGGGAGGCGAGAUCCACGAUCCCUUGCGUCUUCCUGGUCUGACAAACACCAAGAGCAGCAUGUGCUGCUGGAGAAACUGGACCGAGGCCCCAUCCAAAACCAUGAAACCAUUGAAAAAAAGUAUUUGUGUUCUGGGUCUGCGUUCUGCUCCGUGAAAGCUGAGCAACUUGAGUGGCUUGGUGGGGAAGCAUUGAUGUCAAGCAGAGAUUUUGAGUUCUUAGGUCUAAAAUUAGAAGGUUUAAAGUGCAUAAAGCAUUCUCAAACAGACGAAAAUGAUGUUGCAACCAUGCUGCCAACUAAUUACGCUUGAUCUCCAGUGGUGGAUAAAUGUAGGCUGCUCUUCUACCCUUUUGUGAAAGAAAGCUUGAUGUCAGAACCUGUACAAUGUCUUGAGAUGCAUGUCCUCCUCCAGAAACCAACAGGGGUCCCACAACGGAGCAGUCACUUUCCUCCCAGCCCUGUCCCUCUCUCCUGUGUUUUUGUGUAGGCCGCUUCACAAGCACACUCCAAAAUAAAAAAAGCAUGCCACUUCUGCACUAACAAGCGCCAAAGCCUCUAUAUGAGUCACGGGAAAAUUGGAGCAGCUCUGAGGGAAAUACAACUGGGAAGAGGCUCUUAAGAUUGUUUCAUACUGAGUAGCAUCAAGUCACAAUGCCUCACCCCCCCCCCCCCAAUGCUCCCAAGAAUAUAUGAAUAUUAAAACUUUCUUGUUCACACUUUGUGCUUUGUCAAGACACAGUCCAGCAAGAAGUUCUCCUGAGCAGGCCCUGUUGAAGCCUGCUGCAGAAAAGAAUCCAUAACUACAGCGGUUGUUCUUUUAAACAUUUUCUCAACAAAUAAGACUGUUUCCUUUGUCUUGCCUGCCCUUUGAGCCUCUUUGGGUUUUCGAAUUGACAUCUAUUUUCUUAUGACACAUGCCAGGUAACAGGUGGGGUGGGGAAGAUUUAUUUAUUUAUUUAUUUAGAGCAUUUGUAUCUCGUCCUUCUCAACCCCCGAAGGGGGGACUCAGAGCGGCUUACAAUUGGCAGUCAUUAGAUGCCGACAAAGAAACAGUUAAAGCACAACAAAUAACAUAAACGGAUCAACAACAGUAAAAAUACAUUAAAAAUAUUGGCCCUUAAACUAUUAACACAACCAAGUCUGAGUCCGCAAAUCCAAAUUCAGAGUUCCAGUCCAAGGGUCUCUUCAUUGACAAUUCUCACGAGUCAUUACAGUUGUUACUCAGUGAGCUGCCCGAAUGCUUGGCCCCAAAGCCAAGACUUGAGGUUUUUUCCUAAAGGAGAGGAGAGAAGGAGUCACCCUGAUUUCACUGGGGAGUUCAUUCCACAGACAGGGGGGCCACCACCGGGAAGGCCCUGUUGUCCCCACCAAUCGCACUUGUGAGGGUGGUGGGAUUGAGAGCAGGAUCUUCCCCAAUGAUCGUAAACUCUGAGGUGGGUUAUAGAGGGAGAUACUUUCAGGCAGGUAAACUGGGCCGGAACCAUAUAGGGCUUUAUAAGUCAAAUGUAUUUCAGUCCUUUCAAUAAUUUCCCCUCCAUCCCCUGGAAAUAGAACUUGGCUUUUCUGCAGAAGAAGACUUUAUUCUCUUGUGUCCUGGAUGUUCCCAACAGUCAUGGUUGUCUUUUUAGGCAUUAGAGGGUUGGUUGUUUGUAUUUAUUUUGGAAGUUGAAGGGUUCGUUUAUGUUUAAUUCACACUUGCCUUCAGAGGCCAGAAUUGUGUCCAAGACCUGAGGUGGCAAUAAAUUCUGAAGCAGA